AAGGCCAGGGAUUGGGGUCUGGGUCCAGGAGCAAGGAUAGGGGAUAGAAAGACAGGCUGAGUAAGGGUCCUCUCACCUGACUCUUCCUACUAUUUGUCUGCAGAGGAAGCCACCGCUGUCGGCACCAGUAUGUCUUACAGUGUGACUCUGACUGGGCCUGGGCCCUGGGGCUUCCGUCUGCAGGGAGGCAAGGACUUCAAUAUGCCCCUCACUAUCUCCCGGAUCACCCCAGGCAGCAAGGCGGCCCAGUCCCAGCUCAGCCAAGGAGACCUUGUGGUGGCCAUUGAUGGAGUCAACACAGACACCAUGACCCACCUGGAGGCCCAGAACAAGAUCAAGUCGGCCAGCUACAACCUGAGCCUCACUCUGCAGAAGUCCAAGCGUCCUAUCCCCAUCUCCACGACGGCACCCCCUAUCCAGUCCCCAUUGCCAGUGAUCCCCCACCAAAAGGACCCUUCUCUGGACACGAACAGCAGCCUGGCGACUCCCAGCCCCAGCCCUGAGGCGAGGGCCAGCCCAGGCACCUCAGGCACCCUGGAGUUCGGGGACACCUUUAGCUCCUCCUUUUCCCAGACCUCUGUCUGCACCUCACACAUGGAGGCCUCGGGGCCUGUCCUUCCUCUGGGCAGCCCAGUGGCCAAGGCCAGCUCAGAGGGUACCCAGGGCUCAGUCAGCCCCAAAGUUCUGCCAGGCCCCAGCCAACCAAGGCUAUAUAACAACCCCAUUGGCCUGUACUCAGCAGAGACCCUGAAGGAGAUGGCUCAGAUGUAUCAGAUGAGCCUCCGAGGGAAGGCCUCAGGUGCUGGACUCCUAGGAGGCGCCGACUACCAGGAACGCUUCAACCCCAGUGUCCUGAAGGACUCAGCCCUGUCCACCCACAAGCCCAUUGAGGUGAAGGGCUUGGGAGGCAAAGCUACCAUCAUCCACGCUCAGUACAACACCCCAAUCAGCAUGUACUCUCAGGAUGCCAUCAUGGACGCCAUCGCUGGGCAGGCCCAGGCCCAGGGCAGUGACUUCAGUGGGAGCCUCCCUGUGAAAGACCUGGCGGUGGACAGCGCCUCUCCCGUGUACCAGGCUGUGAUCAAAACCCAAAGCAAGCCGGAAGAUGAGGCUGAUGAGUGGGCCCGCCGGUCCUCCAACCUGCAGUCUCGUUCCUUCCGCAUCCUGGCCCAGAUGACCGGGACAGAAUACAUGCAAGACCCUGAUGAGGAAGCUCUGCGAAGGUCAAGGCCACAGGCUUCUGCUUACAGCCCUGCAGCAGCCACUUCUCCAGCACCUGCUGCCCAUACCAGCUACAGUGAAGGUCCAGCUGCCCCUGCACCCAAGCCUCGGGUCGUAACCACUGCCAGCAUCCGGCCUUCGGUCUACCAGCCAGUGCCUGCAUCUCCCUACAGCCCAUCCCCAGGAGCCAAUUAUAGUCCGACUCCCUAUACUCCUUCACCAGCUCCUGCUUACACCCCCUCACCUGCACCCACCUACUCCCCCUCUCCUGCACCAGCUUAUACCCCAUCACCUGCCCCAAACUAUAACCCCACACCAUCAGCUGCCUACAGUGGGGGCCCUUCAGAAUCUGCCAGCCGCCCACCCUGGGUGACCGACGACAGCUUCUCUCAGAAGUUUGCUCCCGGAAAGAGCACCACCUCUGUCAGCAAGCAGACCCUGCCCAGGGGGGCUCCAGCCUACAACCCAACAGGCCCACAAGUGACUCCUCUUGCCAGGGGCACCUUCCAGAGAGCUGAGCGCUUCCCAGCAAGCAGCCGGACUCCCCUCUGUGGGCACUGUAACAAUGUCAUCAGGGGUCCUUUUCUGGUAGCCAUGGGCCGCUCUUGGCACCCAGAAGAGUUCAAUUGUGCCUACUGCAAGACGUCCCUAGCAGACGUGUGCUUUGUGGAGGAGCAGAACAAUGUUUACUGUGAGCGGUGUUACGAGCAGUUUUUUGCCCCGAUCUGUGCCAAGUGUAACACCAAGAUCAUGGGGGAAGUGAUGCACGCGCUGCGACAGACCUGGCAUACCACCUGCUUCGUCUGCGCCGCCUGUAAGAAGCCUUUUGGGAACAGCCUCUUCCACAUGGAGGAUGGAGAGCCAUACUGUGAGAAAGACUACAUCAACCUGUUCAGCACGAAGUGUCAUGGAUGUGAUUUCCCUGUGGAAGCUGGUGACAAGUUUAUCGAGGCGCUGGGGCACACCUGGCACGACACCUGCUUCAUUUGUGCGGUCUGCCACGUGAAUCUGGAGGGGCAGCCAUUCUACUCCAAGAAAGACAAACCGCUGUGCAAGAAGCACGCACAUGCCAUCAACGUGUAGGAGCCCAGAGUGGCUGGUGCGGGCCAAGCCCAGGCUGCUCCUGCUACUGAUAAGGAAGGAGUCAAAGAAGCUGAUGAUUCUUCUGGGGGGAAAGAGGGACGAGAGGAAAUGAUCGAGCCCUUUUGAAGUCUAACUUUAUUCUUUUCUUGUACACACAGAAUGUGUAUUAUUUUAGUUCAGACUAGAAGCCAAAAGAAGAUUCUAAACCCAGCUAGUAAUUAAUCCACGGCUGGAAUUGGACUUCAGAUUUGUUUUGGGAAAUGGCUCCAAGAAUCCAACAGUGAAAAAGAAAAAAAAAAGUUCAAAAAUCAUAGUCUCCCUGGCCAUGUGAGUUGCCAGUGUGGGGAUGGAGCUCUGGGCAGCCAUGGAGUCUCUAAAGCAUGCGGCGGAGUUCCAGAGAGACCCUUGGCAAGCACAGUGAUAUGCCAAACAGUAUUUGCUGUGUGGAUAUUUUUAGAGCCGGCACUAAGAGCUCCUUAGCUAAGACCCAUUGGACUUUCCUCACCAAAAAAGGAAGAGUUGUUCCAUUAGCAUCACAGAGUUACUUCUGUGCACCAGACUUCAGAUGUUGAAUGAACUUGAAACUCGUAAGGGGAGCUCAGACGCCUGAAGCAAUGGCGGGCCACCACAGGGCAAGUGAAAACAAGCGAGACCUCCAGAGAGGUCUUUGGCUCAUGCCCCCAGCAGCUGAGGAAAGAUGAGCUUUCUCUGCCUCUCCCCCUCUUUCCGUCCUCUGAAACAUCUAACGUCCCUGGAAGGCUUUGCUCCUUUUUGAAUUGUUAAGGGAAAGUGAAACUUGGGUUUCUCCAGUUUUGCUUUACAAUGUAUCCGAAGAGGUUUGAAAAAGGCAGGGUUGGGUGUAGCCUUUGUUUGGCUGGAAGAGGGUCCUUCCUGCGCAUGAGCGUUCUGUGCAUGUAUUUCACCCCCCUACCCACAACGGCUCAGGUACAUUUUCCUCAGCCCCACCCUCAAACAGGCUCAGUGGGAAAAAGAGAGAGAGAGACAGUGUCAAACACGGGAUGGUAGAACAGGCUCACCUGCUCAUGGGGAGAGGACUUCCGUGCUAUCCUCAGGAAGAAGGCAGGAAGACCCUCCCAGCUCCAGGGCUGCACCGUCCUCCUUACCUGUUCUUUAAGUGCAGCAUACCAAGUAUAUAGUCAUGCUGACUGCUGCAAGGAGAAAAAGGUGCCUUUGCCAUUUGGGCCAAUAUUUUGAAAAUAGUUGAAUGAAUUUAGAAUAUUUUUUGAAAUAGACCUGGCCUUCAGACUUUUUUUUUUACAACACAGGUGACUCUUUUACAUAGCCACGGAGUUAGGUAAACUUGGUAAAGCUACUUAGAAGUAAAGAAAGUGGCUUCCUUUCUGGGUUCCGAGAUGGCACAUUUGCUUUCAUUUCUAGGAAGCGCUGUUAGGAUGGACGUUCAUUGAAAAUGGCAUUGAAGCAGGGUGUGUGUAUGUGUGUGUGUGUGUGUGUGUCUCACUGGAGCACAAUAUGUAGACACUCUAUCAACUCACUGCCCAUCUCUCCUUGGUCCUGCUUUGGAUUUUUCGCUUGGCACGUUUGAAAUGCUUUAUGGGAAUGUAUUCAAACUCUUCUUUUGAGAACUAAAGCUUCCAAGAGACCGUCACUCUGCUUGAGGGUCUCCCCUCCCUGGAAGACUCUGAGUUAGUCAAACAUUGUGUAGCAGGAAGUCCACAGUUUGGAAUCACCAAUCCCAUCCAGGCAGCACCAGAGAAGGUCAGAACUGUGCUCCCACCAAACAGCUCUUCUUUACUUUAUGCAAAGCUCCGGGCUGAGUAAAUUCUGCUGGGACAGCCUGGAGAUUUGUCCAGACAUGCAGAACAGUACAUUGCGUAGUCUGUUAUUUUUGGAAAGUUCAAAUAUUCAGGGACAAGGAGCUUGCUGACGAAACAGAGGGCUUCUAAGCAGUUGAUUAAAAAAAAAAACCAAUUAUCUAUCAAAUGAUUAGGAAUUGAUCGUAAGGAAGGGAAAUAAAAGUCUCUACCAUUACAUUUCCAAAACAUAUUUUUAAAGGUUUUCUACAUGAUCACAGGCACUGCUCCUGGGUAAUCGUUAUCGUUUUCCGUAAGAUCCUUAAGAAGAAAAUCAAAAUAUCCCAAAGGAAAGCAUCAGCAUUAUUCUAUAUUAAAUAGUUUUAAAAAUAUUUAAUAGUUCAUAAAUGUUUUUAAAUGACUCUUAUUUUUUAAGUACAAAACGAUUUUUAGAGGCUGGGUAUAAUCCAGGGGUACGGAGUUUCCCUAGAAUUUAGAGUUCUUUAGCUUUGGUCUCCCAGCACUGCCAAAAACCAAUAUAAAGGUAGCAGAAAGAAGCUAGUUUCAAGAGUGGUCCACAGGGUGAGCGUGCACAGUGUUAAGAUUAAGGCUGUAUGGUGAUCAGUUAACAUCACAUCUUUCCUGUGGCAGCAAACAGCUAUUACUAGUGCACAGGAGGAAUACAGUUUGUCUUGUCUUCUUAUUCUUAGCAUUACUCUAACAUACUGAAAAACACUCACCUUUUGAGUAGAAUGGCUUGUAUUGGCAGUGUUUGUGUUAGCAAUGUAGCCUUUGUAAUGUGACCUUUUCAACCCAAGUAUUCUGGGGUUGGGGUCUUUUCUCUUUCUUUUUGGUAAGUUUUCUUUAGUUGGAAUACAAUAUGUUAGAGGUGUGCAGAAAACUAUUUUGCAUGGUUUUCUUUUUCUUUAUUUUUCUUUUCUUUUGGGUCCGUGUGGAUUCUUUUUAGCAAAAUAAAAUUCAGAAAAAAA